AUGUUCCACAUCGAAAAGCUGCAAUCACAACAGGCAGCCAGAAGAUUCGCCGACCAUGAUGACAUAAGAAUGCUUCCCUUCAUAUGCGCCAUUACUGUGGCUCUCCUCUUCGCCAUAGCAGCGGCUCAGCUGAGACCAAUAGCACCGACUAAUGGCCCUCGACGUGUGGAUACUCGCGGUCGCUACACGCCCUACAACAGUGAUCCUUACUACAAUAAUCGCUACUUUAGAAAUCGAGAAUACUACAAUCGUCAAUAUUAUGAUGAUUUGUUAAAGAAAUAUAAUCCUGACGUAGCCGCCCCUCAGGCGCGCAUCAUUGCACAGAAUGUUGAAGCUAAUCACGAUGGCACCUACACAUACUCCUAUGAAACUGAAAAUGGCAUACAAGCCGAAGAACGCGGCGUGGCUGUAAAGGUAGGCACCGAAGAGCAAAAGGAAGUGGUCGAAGGCUCCUAUUCGUUUGUGGCACCCGAUGGCAUGCGUGUGAUUGUCAAGUACACUGCCGAUGAAAACGGUUAUCAUCCAACAAUUACAUAUGACGGCAUUAAUGCAGACCGUUUUUCUCGCUUGCAGCAGCCUGCUGAUACUAUAAUUACCCGCCAGAAUUGA